ACUCUGCACCCAACAUUAUCCCUGCUUAGAUCACGCUGAUGGUGAUAAAAUGUCAGGAAAGAUCCACAGCUGUUUCCUGAUUUCCCUCUUGCUAGUUGUGGUGUGCACUGCCCCUCAGGCAGGUCAUGAUGAUGAAGAUCAUUCAGCAGAUCACCGUCAACAUCUCCAUCACAGCCAGGAUGAACCUCACCCCAGCCACGAUGGAGAUGACGACUUAAGCAACAAACUCUCUCUCCACAAUGCUGACUUUGCCUUCUCGCUCUACAAGAAGCUGGCCGCCCAUCCAGAAUACCAAGGCAAGAACAUCUUCUUCUCUCCACUGAGCAUCUCCAUGGCUCUGUCCAUGCUGGCCCUGGGAGCCAAAGAUGAAACCCACUCACAGAUCUUCAGCACCCUGGGCUACAGUGCUCUCACUCCUGAUCAGGUCAAUGAAGCUAAUGAGCACAUAUUCCACAUGCUGGGCCACAGCCAGGACACCAUGCUGCUGGAGGCAGGAAGUGCUGUAGCCGUUCAAGAAGGCUUCAAACCUGUAGACAAGUUUCUAAAGGAUGCUCAGCAUUACUACCAAGGAGAGGCCUUCAGUGUGGACUUCUCCAAACCUGAAGUCGCUGUGCAAGAAGUCAACAAGUACAUCGCCAAGAAGACCAAAGAUAUGAUCACUGACGUGGUCAAGGAACUGGACCCAGACACUGUGAUGAUGCUCAUCAACUACAUAUAUUUCAGAGGUAAAUGGAAAAAGCCAUUUGAAAAGAGGUUCACCACAAAAGCUGACUUCCAUGUGGAUGAGAACACCAAGGUGACUGUGGACAUGAUGGCAAGAACUGGUCAUUACAGUAUCUACCAUGACGAUAACAAUUCCACUUCGAUCAUCAUGGUUCCUUACAAAGGCAACACUUCCAUGAUGAUUGUUCUACCUGAUAAGGGUAAAAUGCAGGAAGUGGAGAAGAACAUCAACAAGGAACACCUCAAGUACUGGCAUGACAGAUUACGCGACAGAGUUGUGCUUCUCCUAAUGCCCAAGUUCUCCAUCUCUUCUUCCUUUUCACUCACGGACACUCUGAGGGACAUGGGAAUAGUCUCUGCAUUCUCCAACACCGCAGACUUCUCCGGGAUCAGUGAGGAGACCAAACUGAAGGUUUCCAAGGUCCUCCAUAAGGGCGUCCUCAAAGUUGAUGAGAAGGGCACUGAAGCAGCAGCUGCCACCUACAUAGAACUUAUACCCUUCUCUAUACCACCCACCAUGAACCUCAACAGACCGUUCCUGCUCUUCAUUGUGGAGGACAGCACCAAGAGCAUCCUCUUCAUGGGCAAGAUGACCAAUCCCACCACAUAACUCCCACCCACACCAGCAGACUAGUAGAAUGUUUGUUAAAGCACCUGCAUUUUGACAAACAGAAGAUGAGCAAAAGCCAUACUGUUAAAUGCAUUUAAAGUGAGAUUGUAUACAAAGAUAAAUAAAAUAAAAAAGCAUUUUCAAGUCAUUUA